AUGACCUUAGACGAUUCAUACGUAUGGGAAACCUCGCCUCCCAAUCCAAUUACCGUUAGCCAGCGGUUUUCCAAGCUCACAGCCUCAUUUCUCGUCAUCGGUUCACUGUUGGAGGAAGUGAGCCAUCACUUAGACCCAUUCAUAAAACACUACCCAUGGUCAAUUAACAGACCGUACUAUGACUCAUCUACCCGCAACAUCAAAGGCACAGUAGUUCCAUACGUAUAUGGAGAGUUAGAGCACGAGGAUAUGUUCGAAGAUGAGCAGCUUCUUGUGAGCUUGUUGAUGGAACUAUCCCAGAAAGGAUGUUUUGUGCAUGUGUGGAACUCAGAGGAAUACGAACCGUUGUUGGUCUACGCGGUCAAUGCAGUUGCGGAGUGGGAAGGUAUCAUCUCUCUCAACCGUGUGUGGUUGAAUAACGGGAAAAUUGCCACUCUAAACACCCACGGAGCCUACUCUUCAGACACAAAAGACGCUAACAAAUUCCUCCCCAUGGACAGGGCAGUUGCACAAGUACUAAAUGGGGACCACACAGUCGACGAAUCGUUGUCAAAAGAAGUGGUUACAUCGUUAAAUCCAUUUCUCAGUUCAUACAAACUUGAAAACGUCUACGACUUCACCCUCCAAUUGCCUGGGAAAAUAGCCACAGCUUUCACAAGUGACCCAUGGCUAAUAGGAAAAGCUCUUAGUGCAUGGAAGCCCAAGGAAAGUAGCUCUAUGAAGGCAGAGCAGGGCUCUGAUCAUGCCACUGUCACCAUUUCCUUGAAUCUCUCGAGUUUGCUCCAUUUAUCUCUCAUAACGGAAGGACGCCUAGAGCUGGAGCUUAUCUCAGAAGAGUUGGUACGAGGAUACGGAGAGUUGGGCCAAUCUGUGGAGCACAGCAGCACGAGCCAGGAACAUAACUCCCGAGAUGUGCUUCAAAGUAUACUUCUCGAACAAAAUCGAAUAAACAUCCCAAUAGCACCGGAUUAUCAAACAUUCAGGGAGAUGGUUGAGCAAAUGGAUUUUGAUGAACAGGAUAUUCAGAAACGAAGCGAGGAGGAUGCCGGUCGUCUUCAGGAGCAUUUUGAAUCAUAUCUCGAAAAGGAGAAUCAAAAAGUAAAAGAUUCACAUAAUGCCGACGAGGAAGAAGAAGAAGAUAGUAGUGAUGACAGCUCGAUUUUGAGAGACUUUGAAAAUAACCCCGAAUUGUUAGAUUUCAUUAAUUACUGUUAUGAAGAUAAGCAUAAGAAAACAAGGGUGUAUGACUACAACGAUGAUAGUGAUUAUCAGAGUGAUGGAUCAAUUUUUGAAAUUAACCACGAUAGCGAAGAUGAUGGAGACAGAAUUAUAGAUGUGGAUGAUGAGGAAGAUGCAUUAGUUCAAGAUGAUGAACAGGAAGAGAAGAUAGGAGAAAGGUUUGAACAGGAAUUAUCCGAUGACGAGACGGAAGAGAUUCAUUACGGAAUGGGAAAAGUACAGUUAUGA